AUGACCACUACCAAAAAUACUCGAAGGUCAGAUAUUCCAGUUUUCGAUUUUAAACAAAAAUGUUUGUUAUGCGAGGGGGAUGCAUCUGACGAGUUUUUAAAAAAAGAAAUUAAAAAACCUGUUCAAAAACGUGAUCGGGUUCAUUGUGUUGAAACACUAGUUUUCAAGGACAGUCUUUUGGAAACUGCAAGGGACAGAAAUGAUAAAUGGAGCAGUGAUGUUAUUCUCCGUGUUAGUAAUGUUUCCGAUCUUGUUGCAGCUGAAGGUAGAUAUCACGGUGCUUGUGGUAAACAUUUUUUUAAACGUAUUUCCACUCAGCAAAGCUCUAAAGGUCGACCAGAAAACGUCGAAGUAACAGCUGCCUUUGAUUGUGUGUGUAAUUAUAUUGAAAACAAUGAAGAUCAAUGUCAAUUUUCAUUACGGGAAAUUCUCAAUGACUACAAAGGAUAUAUACCAACCGAAAAAAUUCUAAAAAAAAGACUUAUUGAUAAAUAUGGCCAGGAAAUUGUGAUAGCUACUGGAAUAAAGCCAGUAAUUUGUUUUCGUAAUACUGGCUACACAAUUUUAACAGAUAAUUGGUACAAUUCGAAAAAACAAAAUGUAGAAGAAGAACGUCUCCGUAUUGUUAAAGCAGCUGCUGAUAUAAUCCGAGAGGAUAUCAGAUCGAUGGUUUACGAUUUACGCAAUUAUCCUACACCAGAAACUUUUCUUGACAACGUCGAAAAUGAUGUUCCGAAUUCACUUCAAAUGCUUUUUAAUUCAAUUAUUAAAAAAAAAAAAUGUACUGAUGAAGACAAAUGCAAAACCACUACCCUUUCAAUUGCACACUCCAUAAUUGCUGCGACUAGGCCAAGAUCUUUUCUUUCUCCAAUACAAAUAGGUCUUGGAACAUUAAUAUAUAAAAAAUAUGGGUCAAAAGAACUCUUAGAUGUUAUAUCCACCCUAAUUUUUGCAGUUCUUACAAUAGUAUCAGGCUAUUUGAGAUGUCCUGCUUAA